AUAAAGUCAGAAAUAAAGUCAUUGGCUCGCCCUGUCUGUUUGUCUAUUGCUGCAUCGGAUAUGCAAGGUUUCCAUAUUUAUUUGCCCAACGCAAUUAAUCAAAAUAAAAAAUGGAACCAAAUUUGAUCUGUUUUUCUCAUGCAGCUAAAAUGAUCUAAUUAAAGAUACUUCCUAAACACAUUUAAAGGCAGAAAAAGCAUAAAUAUUAAAUAUAAGUCUACAGUCUUGGUUGAGUUAUAAUAUUAAUACUUCGUUAGCGGAACCCAUUGUUUCUUGUACCCGCAUGACUUAGAGAAGAUACUUUUAAAGUUGUAUUAUUAAUAAAUCAAUCCAUUUAAUAAUUUACCCAGUUUUCAUACUGAAGCUGACGGAAUUGGAUGCUCAUAAAAACACAACCUCAUACAAAUCAUUUGCAAAUACAUAUUCGUGUGUAUUAUCGCCAAAGAACUCGUAUGAAAAUCGAUUAAUUUACUUUCGUAUAUUUGUCCUUUUGGCUGUGAUGAGAUUCGUGAAGCGCUUAUAAUUAAUAUAUAAUGACAGGGCUUGCAUGAAGAAACUUAUUAUAAUUUGCUAAAUUCGUUCCGCCAUAACAAAGGAUAUAUCUGAAGCACUUUAUCUUGGCUCUGAUUGUUGUUGGGGUAAAGAAAUUAAUAGGAAAUUAUUUCGAUAAGAAGAGCAAUUGAAAGAGUUUGCAGUGGCGGCUAGCAAGCGCCUGGCUAACCUCUGAUGGCCCAACAACACUACCUCAAAGACACUGACAAUUACUGCGCAACAACGUCAACAGUAACAAUCAAUGCAGCACCCUCAUCGGCAACACCAACAACAACAACAGCAGCAAACACACAUUACCAAUUGCGGUACUCAACGCCAGCGGCUUCUCAGCCAUAUCAGCAGCAGCAACAACUUCAACAUCUCACUCAUCAACAACAACAACACCAGCAACAAAUACAGCUACAAAAUAGUACGACAGCAACACAUAGUAACACACAAACGCAUCAACAAUUGCUUGUGCAUUCGCAGCACCGACUAAAGCAACUGCAACAUCAGCAGCAUAUGACCUACCAUCAUCACCACCCCUACUAUCAGCAGAGUAGCCAUCAUACUAACACAUCUGUUGCCAACACAUUAGCCACCACGGGUGCGGCCAAUCAUAAAUUCAAAAGUGCUCAGCACAACCAACAGAACUACAGCCACAAUCGCACGCUUCCUAUACACGCGCUAAAUCAGAACUCAAAUUUUUCAGCGGCCAGCUCGAGUACCGGUGGUGGUACUGCCUCGAGUCACGCGCCUACACAGCAAUCAAAUGCAACCAACUCUAGUCGCUCCUCAGCCACUAAUGCACGUUCCACCAAUGCGGUGGAUAGCGGAAAAUCAGGAGCCGUAGGCGCACAGGUUCGCAAUGGUACUACGGCAGCCGGUAGUGCAACUACUAACUCCAAAAAGAUCAAAAUAGAGCCAGUGUUGUCGCAGUUCCAUCAAAAUGAACGUUUAAAUUUCGCCAAUUCACACAUUGCUUGGGGUGAGGAGCACUGGCGGCGUGUCGUCUUCCAGGACGAACGAAAAUUCAACCUAGACGGACCGGAUGGCUUCUCCAGCUACUUCCAUGAUUUACGUAAUUAUGAACAAACACUGUCGCAACGGCCGCGCGGUAAUUCCGUUUCUAUAUAUUUGUUAAUCGCCGCCGGUGGGCCAAUUCACAUGGAGGUGACGACGGUGAAACAACGACCACAAGCAUAUAUUGAAACCAUAUUGCGUGAACGGCCGAAUAUCAUUGCCAAAUUGGGCGGCAAUCCAGAUUUUAUACUACAAGAUCACAAUUGGACGGCCAACAUGUCACCCACAACACAGGAAAUGCUCGAAGCCGAAGGCAUUAAAGUGCAACGAUGGCCAACGAUCGCGCAUGACAUUAACAUUAUGGAAAAUAUUUGGGGUUGGCUGAUACGCGAAGUCUACGAUGGUGGGCGUCACUUCUCGCGCAAAGACGAUCUCAUAUUUCGUAUACGCUCAGUAUGGUUGCGUCUACCCAUGGACUUUAUAGUCAAUCUCUACAGCACACUGCCUGAACGCAUUGCAGAGUUAUACUAUACGCGCGGCAUUUUCACAAACUGUUGACGAUGGCAGGGUUAGGAUAGAAUAGUUAAGGUGACUAGAACCACGCUAGACGAGAACGUGGUCAUAUCAGCACAAUGGAAGGGUUGAAAGGCAAAGCAGUGCGUGUGAGCAAAAAGGGGAGAAUGACGCUGAAUAAACGAUUUGUAAAUAAUGCUAAGUCAGCUACAUACAUGUAAUGUGUAAAUACAUACCAGCAUUAAACCGAACUGCAAUCGGAAUUGCGACGAUUAGCAAAGAAAUUUUGAAAUUUGUAUGCAUUUCUCCGAUCUGAUACCUCGUUGCGCAAAAAUUUGCGAACCGUUCUGAGAGUGUUUGAUCCUUGCCCAAAUAUUGGCCCAUAAAGCGUGCGCGCUUGAAGCACUGCUAAGGUAUUUGCUUUAAAACAGAAAAAUACAAAAACCAUUUAUGCAAUUUCCAUGGACAACCAUGUACAGAAUUUAUCACGCAUGUGCAAUUAGCAGAAAUGCAUGGUAAAUAUAAUAUCAAAGAAAAUUAAUUGGGUUUUCAAAAAUUUCCAAAUUAUUCGCAAAUAUUUUUUUUUUAUUUAUGCAGUUUUUAUUGAAUAAUGCCUAUCUCCAAAUAUAAAAACAAAAAAAAAACUGACUACUACUUGCUUGUUUGGUUUGCAAGCACAACGAUCAAACACUCACACAACAACAACGGCAAACAUAUGUUGCUUUACUGAAAUUAAUAACGAGCCAAGACUGACUACUUUUCAUUCACCUGCUACAAAUGUACAUAUGGGUUGGUUUCUCGUAGGCAUUACAGCUGAGCAAACUAAAAGCAGUGUCACACUUAGCACCUGCUUCUCAACACAUUUUCUCUAACUUGACAUCGUUCUCCCCCGCUUUGCACGCUGCUAAAUCUCACACUCCCUCACGCACAUGGAUGCGUGCAUACAUACAUAUGUUCUGUGAUAGUUGUUAGUGUUUUUGAAUUUUAUUUUUGGUUUUUUUUUUUAAUUAUCUUCCGAUCUCGAUGAUCCACUUUUUAACCCAUAUUAGGCACAGUGGCGGUCGAAAUAAGAGCAGUGCGAAAUAUUGCCGAGUUUUUAUUAUUAUUUUUUUUUUUUAAUUUUACUUUUUAAUAUUUCUGAUAUUUUAUUUUUAUUUUGCUACAACCGUGUAAUUUAUAAUAUGUGCAAAUUUUAAGAAAUUAAACAAAUUUUCUCAAAAUUUCAAACUUCUUAGCUAGAAUUUUUGGGAAAAUUAGAAAAAUUAUGGGCACGCAGCUUUUUAGCCCAUAUACAUCAUGGUUGAUAGUGGGUAAUUCUUUUAUUUUAUUAAUAGUGUUGUGCAUUUUUUCCACAAAACAGGAGAAUAUGGGAGAAAAAAUGCACAGCACCGUAAAAAUCUUCUAAAAAGAUUGAAAUUGUGUUGAAAAUUUAUUAAUUUUUUUUUUUAAUUUUGCACAAAGUAUGAAAUUUUUAAUUAUAAAGUUUUUUUUUGCAGUGUAUGAAAUAUAAUUUUACAAAAAAUAUAUACGCUACUACUCUUUGACCGUCACUCUA